GACGUCUUGUGCACAUCCAGGCUGCAUCACACAGUGGCCCUGAAGUUUUUCACUGGAGAGGAUCCCUCACCCGAGGGGCCCAGCACCGUGACAAUGGCAGAUUCACAUCCUUAUUGCGUCUCCAUGGACUUGAAAAAGACCACACCUGAUGUCAUCACCGAGCAUAUUGUCAUGACCAAGUGGUAUGCCUUUUACCGCAGACGAACUGGAAGCAGAAAUGAGCAGAAUCCCGGCGUCACGUGCUGUGGCCAGACCAUGCGCCCCGGGCACGGUGUGGCUCCGCAGAUGGCUCACGGGCAAACGCGGGUUGAACAGACGGCAAAGAUUGACCUGCGGUGCCUGUGCAAACGCCUGAACCUGAAGUGCACCCUGCACUCCACCAAUGCCAAAUAUGCCAAUAUCAAACAGCUGAUGUACUGCUUGCAGGACCCGCAGAGUGCUGGACAGACCCAAAUCGGUGAAGCCGCUCUGACAGAUGCAGACCUUGCCAACCUGAAACAUCAGGAGUGGGGCACCCGCGUGCUCACCAUCGUUGCCACCAGUGAACCGGUGUGCGCCCACUGCCUCACCAUGUAUGACAAUGUGGAAUCCCUGCGCUCCCACAUAACGCAGGGCAGAUGUCUCAACUUCAAUGCUGAUUUGCCGACAGAAGUUGUCGAUGUUCAACCCAGAUGGAUUGCAGCCCUUUGUCAGGGACAACUUGCCAAUACGUUGCGGGACCCACAUGUUCGAAUGGAACUGACCCUUCAAUGCCAGAACUGCAAGAGUCGGUAUCUGAGAGCAUCCGACCUCUCAGGCCAUCUCUUGGCUGCUCAUCCAAAGUUAUGGUCAGCGGCUCAGGCUGUCACAGGCUUGCUCGUAGAGCUACUGUACGAUGAGACAGGUUGCUUAUGCAACCCCAACAUUGGAAGCCACAGAAGUCAUCACGUGUGCUUGCCCCUACGUCAGCUUGGAAUGCAGUUCAUGCGCAUGCAGGAACCCAUCCUGUAUCCGCACAUUCCAACGGAGGAGGAACUCACACUGCUGUACUCCAGCCGCCUUGACCGAGAGGCCAGAUUCAUCCUUGAACGUGCCAUCACAGGGAACUCCAUUGAUGCCCACUGGAAAGACCCUGUUUUGUUGACCCUUUUGAGGAGCACGUGCAUCCUAUGUGGGACCACAAUGCACCCGGCAGAGCUUGUGAUCCACCUGUAUGAGGAAAUGUCCGAGCAGAUCUGCGCAGCCUUUCAACACGUGGCCCCCCUGAUCGACAAGAGCUUGAAACUCGAACCGAACCUGGCAGCCAGCAAGCGGCCAAGAAAAGGAGAAUUGGUAAAACCAGACCAACAGCAGGGCCUGCCAAACAAGCUCAACCUGGCCAAGGCGAUGUCUCAGUUGACCCAGUUGGCUCUCAAGCUCGACAGGGACAUGCAGCUGAUGAAACAAGAGGACACCUACAUCUUCUUUUUCAGCAACAAAGGGCCAGACAGUUGCCUGACGCUUCUCAUGCAGACCACGGAGACUUGGGCGCAGAACCAUCAGGCCCAGAAGCAGGCCGCAACGAAAGCUCCGCUGAUCCCAUUGCGUCUCAAACUGAUGCAGGUGCUCUUCACGACGUUGCUGAACAAACUGGACAGACUGGGAGCAGCACAGGAGGGAUCAGAAGUGAAAAAUGCAGCGCUGAGCACCCUGCUGCUGCUGCCGGAUGGGACAUGCCCCUUCUUAGAAUGGGAUCAGGGGGCAAAGAAACUCAGAGUCAGCCAGCGCAAACCGCUGACUCUGAAACACCUGAACCAGCUUUGCACGGACAUGCUGGAGGCCCUGAGCGAUGUCAACCUGGUCAGACGCUUCCACGCCCUGCCAACAGGACAGAAUCAGGAGGUGACACCAUGGAAGCUCCAACUCAGCAUGAGGUCCGAUCAGCCCUGGCAGAUCCUUCAGAUGCUCUCGCAUUCGGCCAUUUGGCUGAUGAUGGGGGGCUCACUGAAACCUCACAGUCAAAACCAAAGCCCCCUAGCACAUCAACUCCAGAUGACAAUGGGACUGACCAGAAACACCACGAAGGGUCAAGGCAAGGGGAAAUCCAAGACCAAGACGAAACCGACAGCCAAGGAGGAGAAGUGA